CUGAUCAUGUCAAAGUAAUAUGUUGUCAAGAUCAUAACCGACGUAUGCCAAUUCCCAUUGCCAAGGAAGACUCAAGCAUACAAUUCAUCACAAAUCCUAAUGAUUUAUUCUACCUAAAAUCCCAGUGUCCAUGACCAGCAACCCAAAGAAUAUGUACAGUCUCACUGCUCCUGCUAUUCGUUUCUUUAAGAUUGUUACCUCAACAAAUAUUCAAGAUGGAACCCUUAGAAUUCCAAAUGCUUUCACUGAGAAAUAUAUCGGUGAUUUAUCAAAGCCAAUGUUUCUCAAGACUCCCGAUGUCAAAGAAUGGGAAAUACAUUUGACUAAAAAGGAUGGUGAUAUUUGGAUUCAAAGGGGUUGGAAGGAAUUUGCUACACAUUAUUCAUUAGAUCAUGGUCACAUGGUGCUGUUUCAAUAUCAGAAAACCUCUCAUUUUGAGGUUUACAUUUUUGACAAGAGUACUUUUGAAAUCGAAUAUCGUGUUGAUGGUAAUAAUCAACAUGAACAGAGCAAUCCAAUUGAAAUUUUGGAUGAGCAACCUUCUUACAAGAAGAGUAGACCAAAAUCACAAAUUUCAAGUUCUCAACCACUUAAGAAAUUGAGAAUUGACGCAAGUGAAGAUGUUGGAACAAGCUCCAAAUCGCAAAACAUUCCUAAACUUGUCCAAGUUAAAGAAGAGAUUGAUUCUACCACUAAAUGCCUGAAUGUGAAGCAUGGUCAAGAGCAGAGGAAUUCAACUGCUAAAAUUGUUGAAGCUUUAAACAAAGCAAAAAACUAUGAAUCUAACAAUCCCUUUUUCACUGCUAUCAUGACAUAUUCUUAUGUUAAUCAAUACAUGCAUGUCCCUUUAAAUUUUGAACAAAAGUAUUUGAAGGAACAGCAAAGCGAAAUCGCCCUUCAGGUCUUGGAUGAUGAGAGAACAUGGAUUGUUAAAUAUUGUCUGAGAAAAAUGAGUAACGGAUGGAAAACAUUUGUAUCUGACAAUAAUUUGAAAUUGGGAGAUGUUUGCCUUUUUGAGAUGAUCAAUAGCAAAUCCUAUGCUUUUAAAGUACUAAUUUUUCGAGUCGACGAAGAACAACAUUCCCUUCCACCACAAGUUCAUGGAGAUGGAGUUAACUGGUUAGAAACUGCAGGAAUCACAGAAGUUAAAAGUAAAACUAUUAUGUCAUAUAAAGGAACGAAGGAAACUCAAAGAAACUCACUGCAGGCUAGGCCAUGCUCCUUCAAAAAUUCUGAAGCUAAGAAAGAAGCCAAUCAAUUCACAUCCACUUUGGAAAAACCAAAUUUCACUAUCAAUUUGAGAUCAAGUCAUUGGGAUGUUUACAGACCACGUGUACGAAAUUCAUUCUCGAGCAAGUACUUGGGUCCCAAAAAGAAGACUGCAAUGUUACAGUUUGAGGAAAAAUUGUGGCCUGUACAAUUGAUGUAUUAUCCAUCCGAACCAGCAACAAAGUUGGGUGAAGGUUGGAGUCUGUUUGUAGAAGAAAAUAAAUUGCAGGCUGGAGAUGUAUGUGUUUUUGUGCUUGCCAACAAGGAAGAUGUUGUGCUUGAUGUUCAUAUUUUUAGAGGACGCAGUUAGGCAACCAAUUGGGAGAUGUUAUUACCGCAAUUAUGCAAAGAUUUAUUACUUACAUACCAAUGCAACAGAUAAAAUUGACCUUUUAUGGUAUUUAUUAGUCCCAAAUCUAGAAGAUAGUUCAUAGGUUUGAAUACUUUUGGCUACAGGUUCACAAUACCUACAUUUUCCAAAUACUAGUAUGCAUUAUGUUGCUUGUAUAUUCAGUUUAUUUUCUAUUUACUCUUGUGACAUUGUUAUUUUCUUGGAUAAUACAAUCAAAUAUAUUCAAAGAUGGCGCAAAAUCUGCGCACAUG